GACUCAUUAUAUGCGUUCAAGUAGAGCGUCACUGGAUCUCAGUUUGCCAUGGAAUGGAUUACUUUAAUUCUGACGGUGUCUGUGGUGAUUAUUUCGUUUCAUCUUCUCUUUGGUAAAAGUCACCCCAAUGCUCCACCAUGUAUAAGAGGUUGGAUACCCUGGUUUGGGGCUGCUUUUGAAUUUGGCAAAGCACCUUUGCAUUUCAUCCAGCAAGCCAGAGCCAAAUAUGGUCCAGUUUUCACAGUGGUGGCUGCUGGGAAGAGAAUGACAUUUGUGACCCUAAAUGAGGACUUCCGAGUUUUCUUCACCUCCAAAGAUGUUGAUUUUGAACAAGCAGUGCAAGAACCCGUUCACAACACAGCUUCUAUCAGCAAAGACAACUUCUUUGAGUCCCAUCCGACCUGUUCGGCUAUAAUCAAAGGCAGACUGACUCCGGGCAACACGGCGAUGCUCUCUCCUCAUCUCUGUGAAGAAUUUAAUGACCAUUUGGAGAGCCUUGGAAGCGAAGGAUCUGGACAGCUAAAUGAGCUCAUCAAGAGUGUGAUGUAUCCGUCAGUGAUGAGCAAUUUACUAGGCCGCUGUAAUUCGCCCAGCAGCGCUCUCAGCAGGCAGGAGUUCCUGGAGAAGUUUACAACCUACGAUGAGGGAUUUGAGUACGGCUCACAACUCCCAGAGAUGUUCCUCAAGGAAUGGUCAAACUCAAAGCAUUGGCUGCUUUCUCUGCUGAGAAAAAUGGUUAUCAAAUCAGAGGAGACCCUCUAUAGUGAGAGUGAUAGAAAGACUUUACUACAGCACCUGGCUGCUUCAAUAAGUGAACAAUAUCUACCCAACUAUGGUUUACUGUUGCUUUGGGCUUCCUUGGCAAAUGCCAUACCAGUAACAUUUUGGGCAGUUGCUUUCAUUUUGUCCAAUCCCACAGCAUAUAAGAUUGUAAUGGAUCAGAUCAACUCUGUCCUUGGUCGCCAAGACAAGCAGAAGACAAAGGUGACCCUAGAUGACUUGCAGCAGAUGCCGUAUGUGAAGUGGUGUAUCAUGGAAGCCAUUCGGCUGAGGGCCCCCGGAGCCAUCACUCGCAAAGUAGUGCGACCUCUCAAAUUACAGAAUUACGUUAUCCCACCUGGAGACAUGCUGAUGUUGUCUCCUUACUGGGCUCACCGAAACCCCAAGUAUUUCCCAGACCCGGAAGAUUUCAAACCUGAACGAUGGGAAACGGCAGAUUUAGAAAAGAAUGUCCUCUUGGAAGGGUUUGUGGCAUUCGGAGGGGGGAAAAAUCAGUGCCCAGGAAGGUGGUACGCCAUUAUGGAGUUGCAUAUGUUCGUGGCCCUCAUCCUCUACAAGUUUGAGUUUGCCCAAUUGGAUCCAAUGCCUAAGCCGAGUCCUCUGCAUUUGGUGGGAACCCAGCAGCCAGACGGACCCUGUACAGUGAGAUACAAGCACAGAUAGAGCGCUCAUGUUCACAGGGCUGUGCUGCUGCUUUUGAGCUUUGCUGACAGUCCUGACAUUAGAGUUGCAGAGAUCAACGGCACAUCCUGGGCUGAGCUUCAGAGGUUUGAAGCAUCAUGCUGAAUGUUAAACAGCAACACGGACACUCACUAAGCAAAUACUAUAUACCCGUCUAAAGGAAAGCAGAAAAUCAUACAGAUAAUUAACGAUAUUCACUUUUACACGUGUCACAGUUAUGUUGGGUCAUCCUCCUAUAUAAUUAAUGGCAUAAUAGAGAUGAUAUACAUCAGAAAGCCAGAGGUUGUGGAAAUUCCUCUCCCGCACUGAGAGGCUUUAUCAUUUACAGGAUGUAUGAAGUAAACAGAAUGUGUUGCAGUCAUAUAUUAAACAUCUUGCGCAUGAAAAGGACAAAGUAAUGGCAAAGUUUAUAGACAAUAAAACUAAGUGGAGGUUCUCUUUUGUGAAGCAGAAAUAUGUAAACACAUUAUUACAUGUAUAAACACUGUGCUUCUUUUCUGCGAUGGCGAAAAGGAUGGUUUCUGUAAACACAUCUGUCUUGUAGUCUUUAAGUUCUUUACGGCAUCUGUGCGCACUCAUUUUUGGAGAAAACAUUAGAUGACAUAAUUUACAUGGGGUGGGUUUUUUCAAGCAUCUUUAAUUUGUAAGGCAAACAGAAUGUUUACACUAAUUAAAAAUGAAGAUACUUCAUUGAAUCAAUCACUGAGCUUGUGUACAUUACGAGAAAAAAAGAAACCCUUUGUGCUACUUUGCAGUGUGCUUUUCAACAAAUAACAGCUUGAUUGUGUUUCAAUAAAGAACAUGUUUUCGGUGCAGAA